GCUUCACCCUCCCGGAAGUGCGUUGCUUAAAUAAAAAAUGGCGGACCACAGAUUUAGCGGAGGUUUCAAUUCGCCGGUGUUGUGGCUUUUUUCUGUGCACUCUUUAAUCAAAUUGUGUUUGUCUUUUCUCGCGUUGAGCGCUGUAGUCGUCGAAGGUCAAACUGAAGAUACAUUCCGAGCAGGAAAUACCGUUUUUUCACCGUCCGUUGCAGCAGCACGGGAUCUGCGGUACCUGCUUUACGACAUCAACCCCCCAGAGGGUUUCAACCUGCGUCGGGACGUGUACAUUCGCAUGGCAUCCCUGGUGAAGACCCUGAGGAGACACAGUGACUGGGUGCUGGUGCUGCCCCCCUGGGGACGUCUUUACCACUGGCAGAGCCCAGACAUCCACCAGAUCAGGAUCCCCUGGGGAGAGUUCUUCAGCCUCACCAGCCUGCAGGGCAACGUGCCUGUCAUAGAGUACGAGGAGUUUAUAGCUGAGUCUGGAGGCCCAUUUAUUGACCAGGUCCUGGUGCUACAGAACUACGCUGAAGGGUGGACUGAUGGGAAAUGGGAGGAGAAAGUGGACCAGCGACCCUGCGUUGAACGGUUAUUGUACUCCAAAGACAAACAGGGUUAUUACAGAGGAUGGUUUUGGGGCUAUGAGGAAACCAGGGGUGUGAACGUCACUUGUCUGUCAGCUCAGGGCCACGCCUCCAUCCUGGCACCACUCCUGCAGAACAACAUCACAUCAACUUCUGUGAUGUUGGACAAAGCAGAGACUGUCCUCCAUGAUCACUACGCAGGAAAGGACUACUGGGAUACUCGCCGCAGUAUGGUCUUUGCCAAACACCUGCGUCUCCUAGGGGACGAAUUCCGUGCAAAGUACCUGAACUCCACAGACGAGCAGGACCAGACCGUAUACAACGAGGACUGGACUCGCAUUAAGAAUAAGCUGGGUUCUGCCAGAGGGGGGCCGUACCUGGGUGUCCACCUGAGAAGGAAGGAUUUUAUCUGGGGUCACAGAGAGGAUGUGCCCAGCCUCAAAGGAGCUGUCAAGAAGAUCAGGAACCUCAUGAAGAAAAACAAACUAGACAGAGUCUUUGUUGCCACUGACGCAGAUGAGGAAGAGCUGGAGGAGUUGAAGAAGAUAUUACCAGAGAUUACACGCUUUGAGCCCACCUGGGAGGACCUGGAACUACUCAAGGACGGGGGCGUGGCUAUCAUCGACCAAUGGAUCUGCGCACAUGCCAGGUAUUUUAUCGGAACAUCUGUGUCGACCUUCUCUUUCCGGAUCCACGAGGAGAGAGAGAUUCUGGGAUUCGACCCCCAAACUACCUACAACCGCUUCUGUGGGGACAGUGAGAAGGAGUGUGAACAGCCCACACACUGGAAAAUAGUUUACUGAUGCAAUGACGUGACACCCCUCUCAACAGCUCUCAAAGAACAUGCCAAUUGCAGUGUUAAAGUGGAGCUUUGUUAUUUUUAUAUAUACAGUUGAAGUCGGAAGUUUACAUAUACUUAGGUUGGAGUCAUUAAAACUAAUUUUUCAACCACUCCACAAAUUUCUUGUUAACAAACUAUAGUUUUGGCAAGUCGGUUAGGACAUCUACUUUGUGCAUGGCACAACACAUUUUUCCAACAAUUGUUUACAGACAGAUUAUUUCACUGUAUCACAAUUCCAAUGGGUCAGAAGUUUACAUACACUAAAUUGACUGUGCCUUUAUACAGCUUGGAAAAUUACAGAAAGUGAUGUCAUGGCUUUAGAAGCUUCUGAUAGGCUAAUUGACAUUAUUUGAGUCAAUUGGAGGUGUACCUUUGGAUGUACUUCAGGGCCUACCUUCAAACUCAGUGCCUCUUUGCUUGACAUUGUGGGAAAAUCAAAAGAAAUAAGCCAAGUCCUGAGAAAAACAUUUUUGGACUUCCACAAGUCUGAUUCAUCCUUGGGAGCAAUUUCCAAAUGCCUGAAAGUACCACAUUCAUCUGUACAAGCAAUAGUACGCAAGUAUAAACACCAUGGGACCACGCAGCUGUCAUACCGCGUCAAGAAGGAGAAGCAUUCUAUCUCCUAGAGAUGAACUUACUUUGGUGCGAAAAAUGCAAAUCAAUCCCAAAACAACAGCAAAGGACCCUGUGAAGAAGCUGGAGGAAACAGGUACAAAUGAUCUAUAUCCACAGUAAAACAAGUCCUAUAUCGACAUAACCUGAAAGGCCGCUCAGCAAGGAAGAAGCCACUGCUCCAAAACCGCCAUAAAAAAGCCAGACUAUGGUUUGCAACUGCACAUGGGGACAAAGAUCGUACUUUUUGGAGAAAUGUCCUCUGGUCAAUGAAAAAAAAAAUAGAACUGUUUGGCCAUAAUGACCAUCGUUAUGUUUGGAGGAAAAAGUGGGUGGCUUGCAAGCCAAUGUACACCAUCCCAACCGUGAAGCACGGGGGUGUGGAUAUAUUGUGGAUAUAUUGAAGCAACAUCUCAAGACAUCAGUCAGGAAGUUAAAUCUUGGUCGCAAAUGGCUCUUCCAAAUGGACAAUGACCCCCAAGCAUUCUUCCAAAGUUGUGGCAAAAUGGCUUAAGGACAACAAAGUCAAGGUAUUGGAGUGUCCAUCACAAAGCCCUGACCUCAAUCCUAUUGAAAAUGUGUGGGCAGAACUGAAAAAGCACGUGUGAGCAAGGAUGCCUACAAACCUGACUCAGUUACACCAGCUCUGUCAGGAGGAGUGGGCCAAAAUUCACCCAACUUAUUGUGGGAAGCUUGUGGAAGGCUCCCUGACACGUUUGACCCAAGUUAAACAAUUGAAAGGCAAUGCUACCAAAUACUAAUUGAGUAUGACCCACUGGGAAUGUGAUGAAAGAAAUAAAAGCUGAAGUAAAUCAUUCUCUCUAUUAUUAUUCUGACAUUUCACUUUCUUAAAAUAAAGUGGUGAUCCUAACUGACCUAAGACAAGGAAUGUUUACUAGGAUUAAAUAUCAGGAAUUGUGAAAAACUGAGUUUAAAUGUAUUUGGCUAAGGUGUAUGUAAACUUCCGACUUCAACUGGGUAUAUAUAUACAAUAUAUGUUCUAAUGUUUUUUUUUGUGUCAUGUUUUUAUUGUUUUGAGAAUUGUGCAAACUGUGAAUAGACAAAAAGCUUCAAAUACGUUUUAAAGAUCAGAUGUUUUAUAGGUCAGAUGAUUUCAAGGUCACCACUUUAUUUUCACUUGUUUGUACUCAUGUCUGCUAACUUUACAUAUAUAAACCAUUGUUUUAUCAAUCAUGAUGGCAUCACCUAGUAUGUGUGAAAAUGAUGAUCAGAUUUGGCUGCAAAGAAUGGUAUACAGUUCCUUUCAGAAAGUAUUCAGACCCCUUGACUUUUUCCACAUUUUGUUACGUUAAAGCCUUAUUCAAAAAUGUAUUAAAUAAAAAAAUCCUCAGCAAUCUACACACAAUAGCCCAUAAUAACAAAUCGAAAACAGGUUUUUAGAUUUUGGGGCAAAUUUAUAAAAUAAAAAAACAGAUACCUUAUUUACAUAAGUAUUCAGACCCUUUGCUGUGAGACUCAAAAUUGAGCUCGGGUGCAUCCUGUUUCCAUUGAUCAUCCUUGAGAUGUUUCUACAACUUGAUUGGAGUCCAUAUGUGGUCAAUUCAAUUUAUUGGACACACCUGUCUAUAUAAGGUCCCACAGUUGAAAGUGCAUGUCAAAGCAAAAACCAAGCCAUGAGAGCUCAGAGACAGGAUUGUGUCGAGGCACCGAUCUGCUACAAAACAUUUUUGUAGCACUGAAGGUCCCCAAGAACACAGUGGCCUCCAUCAAUCUUAAAUAGAAGAAGUUUGGUCGCCUGGCCAAACUGAGCAAUCGGGGGAGAAGGGCCUUGGUCAGGGAGGUGACCAAGAACCCACUGGUCACUCUGAUAGAGCUUCAGAGUUCCUCUGUGGAGAUGCGAGAACCUUCCAGAAGAACAACCAUCUCUGCAGCAUUCCACCAAUCAGGCCUUUUAUGGUAGAGUGGCUAGACGGAAGCCACUCCUCAGUAAAAGGCACUUGAUAAAAACCUGCUCCAGAGUGCUCAGGACCUCAGACUGGGGCGAAGGUUCACCUUCCAACAAGACAGCGACCCUAAGCACACAGCCAAGACAACGCAGGAUUGGCUUUGAGUCAAGUCUCUGAAUGUCCUUGAGUGUCCCAGCCAGAGCCCGGACUUAAACCCGAUCGAACAUCUCUAGAGAGACCUGAAAAUAUCUGUGCAACAAAGCUCCCCAUCCAACCUGACAGAGCUUGAGAGAAAUUCUAUAAACUGCUUUUGCUUUGUCAUUAUGGGGUAUUGUGUGUAGAUUGAUGAGGUGAAAGAACUAUUUAAUCAAUUUUAGAAUCAGGCUGUAACGUACAAAUAUGUGGGAAAAGUCAAAGGGUCUGAAUACUUUCAGGGGAAUUAUUUGUUGGGGUAACAUGAAUUGAAAGAGCAGUGUCUUCUUUCAUUAACUUCUGCCAAUUCAAAGUCUAUUUGGUUGUGCAUCUUCCUUAUUAUGCUGUACCACAUUUUGGUGAGCUUGAGAAACCUUUUUUCUUUUCUUUUCUUUUCCUUUGUGUGUAGCCUAUGAUAGAAACUUUGCUGCUUGGUUGACAAUGCAGUUUUCCAACAGAGAGAAGCAGAUAUGUGGCUAAAUAUAGUAUGUUGAUGUGCCAUUUUUGUUCCACUUGACCUGUUAAAAGGUAAGUUCAAAGCGGCAUAGUGAGCAUGGAUUAAUGUUUGAAACCCCACAUAUUAUCUAUAUUUUAUAUGAUCAGAUAUCAACAUAACUCUGACAAAGAUUACAAUUACAGACUACAUAUACUGUAUAAAAAUGUAAUGACAAUGUUGUGACAUUUUUGUAUUUUUCAGCUUGUAUGACUGUCAUUUGGGAAAGGAUUUCAUUUUAAACUAUUUUCAAGACUCUAAAUCAGAGCUCAUACCGCAUUUUCGCUGAUUACAUAAUCCCUUUUCUUUCCUUUUUCUUACAACAAAAGGACUGAGACUGACACAAAGCUAUCACCUGUCAAGAUGUUCAAAGGUGACCGCCAUUAAAGAGACUAUUUUCAAAGAA